AUGCAGCAGGCGAGCCUAGGCGAGCCCGAGCCCGGCCAGGCCCGGGAGUUCCUCGUCAAGAGCGAAGCUCCCGAUGCCGGCGACGCGACCUGCUCCUCCGUCGUUAACGCCCCCGACGCGAUCGACGCCAAGGUCAGGGUCAAGCAGGAGGGCCCCGAGGAGGACGCCGCGGUCGAGCCCAAGCCGGGCGCCGAGGACUUCGGCAGGGUCGACUUCCGGGGCUGCGACCGGGAGUCCCUCUGCCUCCAGUACCCGAAGAUCCACCCCCGCCAGCCCUUCGGGCCCUUCUCGCCCUUCUACGGACCCCCGCCGGUCCAUCGGCACGCCGCCGCCUUCCGGCCCUCCCCCGACCGGAAGCUCGACCAGGACCUCGACCGCUCUCAGGGCUUCCGCCACGCGGACGGGUACUCCCAGCGCCAGGACGUCUUUCGACGCGGGGACUCGGCCAAAUGCGUCCCCUCCUAUCCUGGCGUUCCUUAUCAGGGAUUCGUCCCUCCCGUCCAGCGGCCCUACGGCAGCCACCGGAACGAGCCCCACUACGGGGGCCACUACUCCAGGCAGCGCAAGUGGAGGUCCUCCGCCCUCGGGGGACUGCACUCCCCCGCUCCGUGGCCCACGUGGUUCCUUCGGCCUGACUUCCCCCUGGGAUCGCCGCUCAUAGGACAGCACGCCAGCUCGGCGGGACCGCCGAAUUCGUCUACGCUAUCCUUGAGGAACCACUCGGACCUGCCGAAGAGUCUGGACCCUCCGCUGGACAGCAGCAAGAUCCACGGCCAGACCCCGACGAUCUGCACGUCCAUCCGAUGCACGGCCAACGGAUGCUCCUGCGACUCCUUCACCCCCGGGAAGCGACACCUGCGGUACUGUGGAAAGUGCCACCACGGCUGGGUACAUCACGCGCUCGCGCGACUGUCAAGCCUCCGGACCGGCAGUGGGGAUGUCGCGAGCUCCGGCACCGGCCCCCGGCCCGGUGGAAGGGAGGACAAAAGCGCCGGAGGGAGGGCAGCCCCGACGCCUGGUGGGGAGGCGGCCGAUGUCGCGGAGAAGGAGGAGAGGCCACCGGCUUCAGAAAGUGUCGAGCCGACGGCCGCGUUUGACAUCGCAUCUCUCGUCCUCUACGGCUCGCGCGCUCUCCCGAUCCGCCUUAAGAUCUUGCUCGAUCUCUUGUUCAACCAAUUGCCCCACGCGCAAGUGACCAGGCUGCUGGCCGCCUUCGGCUGGACCCACGAGGAUUACACUAGAGGAUACAUACUGCAGGACUCGCAGAACGGCCCGGUGCUGGACCGAUGGAGCAUCUGCUCGGCUGAGGAGGAGCCGCUGGUCCUGCAGCAGUUCCUCAGAUUCGCCGAGACGCGUCCCUUCGUGCAGCAGCUGCUGCUGGCCGCCGGAACGCCGGGUCCGGAUGCUAUGUCACCCAGCAGACGACCCUCGCCGCCGACGAUGCCUCUAGCGCACUUGCCGCCGCCUCUGCACCUGCUGCACUGCGGCCUGCCGCCGCCGGGGUCGCGGCUGCCGCACCCGCUGCCGCCGCCGCCCCCGCCGACGUCGGGUGCGCACCCUUCGAUGUCGCCGGGGGGACAGAAACACUACUCGCCGUCCCCGGGCAACCCGGGGUCGAUAGCGACGAGCGCGGCGGGGUCGCCUCCGGGGGGCCUGGAGCCGGGGGGCGGGCACCUGGCGGUGUCGCCCCUGAACCGGCUGCAGAGUAUGCAGCCCUUCGACUUCCGCAAGCUGGGGACCAUGGGGCUGCCCGCGUUUCCGCCCCUGCCGCCCCCGCCACCCCCGGCGUCGGACUCGCGGAAGCCCCUGCGCCUGCCUCAGAGUCCGCACAGCCCCCCGCCCCACCAGCACGCGUCCGGGGGGCAGCUGAGGCCGCCACCCUUGCCAGUGGCUCCCGUGUCGUCCUCGGGCCUCUCCUUCGGCCACCCCCUGGCCGUGGCCGUCUCCUCGGGCGCCCUGCCCCCCAGCUUCCCCGCGCACUUCCCAGCCCCCUCCAUGAGCGGCAAGCCCGCGACCGACCCCCACAGCGGCGGCGAGCGCGGCAGCGACUUCGGCUCCGAGGAGGACGAGGACGACGAGGAGAACUCGGGGAGUGCGCUCAACCUCAGCAGGAGGGACGCCGCGAAGCACGGCGAGCACCGCCACGCCAGAAUGCCCCUGCAGGCCGCGCCCCUGGGCAGGCCGCCCGGCGUGCCGGGGCGAAAGCCCCACUCGCCCGGAAAGCGCCACCAGUGGGGCGCCUCGCCCAACAUGCCGCCCAACCUUGGCACGCCCUUCAUCAACCCCGCCACCGGGAAGAAGCGCGUCCAGUGCAACGUCUGCCUCAAGACCUUCUGCGACAAGGGCGCCCUUAAGAUCCACUUCAGCGCGGUUCACCUGCGGGAGAUGCACCAGUGCACCGUCAAGGGGUGCAGCAUGAUGUUCAGCUCGCGGCGGUCGCGCAACCGGCACAGCGCGAACCCUAACCCGAAGCUGCAUUCGCCGCACCUGCGGAGGAAGAUCUCGCCGCACGAUGGCCGCUCGUCGAUGGCGCACGCGCUGGUGCUGCAGCCCCCGGUGGGACUUCCGGUCCCGGCCACGGGCCUGAAUCCGCUGUCCUUCGGCUCGUUCCCCCUGCUCACGCCGCCGCCUGACCUUCGGUCGCCGGCCUCCCUCUGCGCCCUAGACUUUAAGCACCUCGACCUCUCCUCCCAGAACGCCACCCGGGCCUACGAGGAGGGCCUGCAGCAGCGGGGCCCGGGGGGCGCGUCCUCGGCCGCGAACUGCGCCUCCACCACCGCGAGCACCACCACCACGGCCGCGUCCGGCUCGACCUCCGCCAGGGGCGGGACCUCCCCGCUCGGGCCCUCGGUCGGCCACGACCCCGACGACGACGAGGACGACGACGAGGACGGCGGGAUAGUGGUCGUCGCCGAGGAUGAGGUCCUCCCGUCCGGGAGGCUGUCGCACCGCGAAGACGACGACCAGCCCGCGGACUUCAGUCUGGCCAAGAGGCCGAAGCUGUACCUGGGGGACGCCCCCGACGAGGACCUGGCCAGCAUCGGCGACAGCAACGAGGACAACGACUCCGUCGGCGCGGUCGACCACCACGUGGCCUCGGUCCACCCCCACUCGAUGCACUCGUCCCUCCACAGCCGCGGCGUUCGAAAGCGGAAGUCGCAGCACCCCACCAGGUGCACCGUGCCCGUCGAGGCGCACUCGUCGUCGACGGACGGCGACUCGUCGAACGACGCCGUCUUCCAGGACCAGCCGGAAGACAUGUCGAUGUCGAGGCUGGAGGCGGAGGACCGGAAGACCUCGUCGCCGGCCUCCGGCCACGCCGGGGCCGCGUUCAACGAAGAGUCCGGCUCCAGGUCGCCGGCCACGGCCACGGGGGCGACGACGGUGCCCGCCGCGGGGAGCCGCGAGGAGGACUUCGCCGAGGGUGGCCCCGAGGGGCGCGGAGGGGGACCCGCGAACGACGGCAACGACAGGCGCGACCCGGGCGAGAUGCCCCAAAUGGAGCCCAGGGACUUGAGCUCGCGAGCGAGGAGCGGCCGGUCCCCGAAGAGACAAACGACCCCGGAGCCGAGGGCUGCGACCUCCCCGGCGACGUCCCCCGAGGACGCGAUCGCGAGCGGUGCCCCGUCGACCGGGAGCUCGUCCGAGAAGGGGGCCGGGGACGCGGAGGUUCCUCGGGAGGGGAAAGCCGAGGCCUCGGAGGCCUCGAACGAUAAGACCAAGAGUCACUCGGCGCGCGACGAGGAGGAGGAGGACGAGGGGGACGACGAGGACGAGGCGAUGGAGGAGGGCGAGGAGGUCGACGACGACGAGGAGACGGAGGAUUCGCUUCGCAACCAAGAAGGUGAGCGCCCCGAUGACCCCUCCCGUGCCCCGAGCUCCGCCGACAGCCGGAUUAGCGAGGACCUCUCCCUCGACUCGUCAAAUGCUUUGCGCCAACUAGAGUCCUUGUCGCAGGGUCGCAUGCCGUUCGGAACGCGGGAGGCUUCGAGGUCUGGCCGCACCUCUAUCAGCCCCAGCCUCAUGAUGGACACCACGGACAACUGCUCUCGUGGCUCUCGCUCAUCCAGCGCCUCGCCCUCCACAGCGGCCAUGGAUACGGACAGUAGCCUGAUCACCUACGCCCGGUACGAGAACGGCGUGGGCUUCGUCAGCACCCAGGAGGUGCCCCUGGACCGGGACAACCCCCGGCGGUGCACCGCCUGCGGCAAGGUCUUCCAGAACCACUUCGGCGUCAAGACCCACUACCAGAACGUCCACCUCAAGCUGAUGCACCGCUGCAGCGUCGACGGUUGUAACGCGGCCUUCCCCUCGAAGAGGUCCCGGGACCGGCACUCGGCCAACCUCAACCUGCACCGCAAGCUCCUGUCGACCUCGUCCAGCCCGCCCCCCGCCGGCCACUCGGCCCCCGCGCCCCCCAGCCUCUCGCCGCAUCUGGACGACGCGGUCGGGCCCCUGCUGCACAACGAGUUCCUGGCUAGGCUCUACGCCGACGCCGGCAUCGGCGCCCUCGGCGCCUACCCUCUGGCCCCCUCCUUGCCCUCCGGGGUCGACCUGGCCGCCCGGAUCCCCCCGCCGCACCCGCUCCUCUUGCCCCCUCACCUGGGCGCCACCUUCCCCGGCCUCUCCUCCUUCGCAAGCCACCUGGCGGGCCUCAACGGCUUCGCCCACCGCCACCUGGACCACCUCGGGCGCCUCAACAGGCUCUCCCAGGAGCAGGGCCCCCGGGGGUCCUCGGCCCCCGACUCACCACCCCUGCUGCCGCCCGUCUCCGCCGCCCCCGGUCUCGAGGACAGAAGCGACGAGGCCAGGUGCACCAUCCCCGGCUGCGACAGGGUCUUUGGGUCGCGCGCCGUCAGGGACGCCCACACCCGCGACCCCCAGGCUCACCGCGACCUCGACGGCGCCUCCACCGGCAGCGGCUCGUGACCGCUCUACAACUUCCGACCCGUCUACCCGCGGCGCCAGCGUCGGGACGCGUGAUGCCGAGGGCUCCUCCGGAGGUCUCGGUCGGCCCAGGGUCCCCGCCCUUGAACACCUAGGGGGACCGAGUCGUCCUGACGACCGCAGCGUGCAAGAACCGUGUGCAAUACCAAAUAUAGAGUCGACCGUGACUCGCGAACUCAACGAAGCCGUCUCUCACGGGAGUAUCCACGGCAUCUCCUUGGAGCCGACCCCCCGGGGACCGUCUUCCGUCCUCUCCCCGUCUAAUCUCGCAAGUGAGGAGGGAAGACCUUAGGCCGAGAAGGACGAUGGGACGAGGCGGUCCGUCGAAGGAGCCUGUCCGUUUCGGCGAUCCCGAUGAAGGGGUCUCCGAUAAUCUUAUCAUUGUUGUGAUAACGCACGUUAGUUAAACACGUCACUAUUUAAUCACUAACCCCCCCCCCAUUUAGCGACUGUAAAUAUUACGAGUAUAUUCGAUGUAUCUCGCGUAACGAUCGUUGACCACGAGGCGCGAGGCGCCCUGAUCAAGAGGCAAACGUGUAUCGGAUAUGUCUUUGCCCCCCGCGUCCUGGAGGCUGG